UGCAUAUUGAAAGUGAAAUUUUGUGAUUGUUAAUUGGAUUUAUACUAUCAACACGAUGCGGUCAUUAGUCGAAGUCCUCCUAAUCUGCAUCGCAGUUCCGACGCUAUCUUCAGCAUAUCCCAUGUCAAACGGCUACCCAAUCUACGGCACCAAAAGGUACAACAGACCAGGAACUGGUUCAGCAGUUCGAUCGUCUUCCCUGGCUCCAAUUUCAUCAUGGCGACAACAACCUUCAGCAGUCCGAUACUACCCUGAGCAAGCUUAUGCAGAAGCCCAGCAACAAGACGAUAUGUCUGGGUUCUAUUAUUAUCCGGACAGCAGACGCCGUCGGUAUCAGCAGCAAUAUUUAUACUAUCCGACGAGAUACGCAGUUAGCGAUCCGGUUGAAGAUUUGGAGGACACCAUGCGACGGGAAGAAGAAGGGUGGUACGACGACGGUGAAGAGGCUAACUUAAUGAGAGCAUACGCACCUGCCGAUUACUACCCAGCCUACUACACAAAAUACAACGCUCGACCAAGGCAGCAUUCCUACUACCCCGAAGAUUACUAUGAUAAUCCAUUCGACAUGUACAGAACACAACCAUACCAGACCCCAAAACUCUACGAGGAUCAACCUCAUGAAGAAGAUUUCAAAGACAAUAGCAAAAUGUCUCUAAGACAUUUCGAAAGAGCACCUUACGACUAUGCCGACGGUGAAGAUGAAGAAGAUGCUUGGAUCAACUGGGGUUCCAAAAGGUCACCUAGUUCCAAUACAAAAUCCAAUGGAAACAAAGCUGGAACGACGACAACGACAAACCCGUCGGGUCAGAAAGAACUUGUUCAGCCGAGACCUGCUGUGCAAGCUUUCAAGCUUCCGGAAUUAUUGGAGGAGGAAAAUAAUUCUUAUCACGAAAAGAGAUCAGCACCUGGGGUUUAUAAUACGAUUAGGAAAUUAAUCGCUAUGGAAAAGGAUCUUGGAGAAGAGGUGGAAAAGAAAGCUCCUAUGAAAAAAAGGUUUGUGGCCAGCGGCGAAGAUUUUGUGCAAGAAUUGAAUAGUCUGAAAAAACGUAGAGCGUAA